AUGGCAGAAUCGAACCAUGGAUCUGUUAAUGGAGAAAACAUCAAUGGCAAUGGAAAUGGCAACCAUGCUCUAGUUAUGGUGGAUGAAGAGCUUCCCAUUGCUGAAUAUGCUAUUCCAUCACUUGAUGGAGUAAUUCCUGGUAUAGUCCAUCCUGGAGUGGAGGGGAAUUUUGAUCUCAAAUCGGGGAUGAUACAGCUGCUGCAAUCCAUGACUCAAUACCAUGGAUUACCCAAGGAAGAUCCCCACAAGCAUAUUACAAAAUUUAUGAAAAUUUCCUAUACAUUUUCUGUUCAUGGAGUGUCCACAGAUGCCAUGAGAAUGAGGCUAUUUCCUUUCUCUCUAGCUGGGGAAGCAGAAGAAUGGGUAGAAGAUUUUCCUGCACAAUCCAUCACCACGUGGAAGGAGCUUGGAGAAGCCUUCCUUAUGCGGUUUUUCCCACCCACAAAGGUGUGUGAUUUGAGGGAUGACAUCACAGGGUUUAGACAGUAUGUUGAUGAGUCAAUCCAUGAGAGCUGGACUAGAUUUAAGGGGCUGAUUAAAAAGUGUCCUACCCAUGGUCUUCCUAAGUGGGCUACCAUUCAGAUUUUCUAUAGAGGAUUGAGUCACCAAGGCAAAACUCACUUGGAUGCUACUGCCAAUGGAAUGUUUUUAUUAAAAAGGUAUCCAGAGGCUUUUGAGACACUUGAGAGAAUAAGCCAAAACAGCUGCCAAUGGCCUGAACAAAGAGAUGAAGCUCCAAAGAAGGCAGCUAGACUUUAUGAAGUGACUAAAAUAACUUCCAUGGCAGCUGAGAUGGCAGCAAUGCAUAACACUUUCAAGGUUUUAGUCAAGCAAAUGGCUGAGACCAAACAGCAACCACCUGCUCAAGUGGCUGCAACAACACCAAUCUGCUCACUUUGUUAUGGUGCCCAUUUGUUUGAAGAAUGCCCAAGCAACCCUUCUUCAGCCUUCUAUGUUGGUGACUAUAACAGAAACUACAAUAAUAGAGGAAAUUAUAACCAAGACAGAUGGCAGCAACAAGGUGGGAAUUUUGGCCAGAAUCAGGGCCAAAAUUACCAUCAAAAUGUUGGAAAUAGAAAUCAGAAUCAGCCCUUCCAAGGAGGGCAGCAACCUUAUCAGCCAAAAGUCCCAUUUCCACCCGGUUUCAACUCACAAAUGCCUCAAGAUCAGCAAGGGCAAUCUAAUGCAGAAACUCAGCCUCUUCUAAAUGAUCAGUGGUCAAACCGGAUGCUGCAAAAUCAUGAGGCCAUGCUUCAAAAUCAUGGAGCAAUCUUAAAAAGCUUAGAGACACAAAUGGGGCAGAUUGCAUCCUCUCUUACCAAUAGACCGGUGGGAACUCUUCCUAGUGAUACUGAAGCACCAAGAAGAGAGGGAAAGGAAUUUUGUAAGGCUCUCCAUUUGAGAAAUGGAAGAGAGAAAAAAAAUGUUCAACCAAUUGAAGAAGAGGAAGAGCCUAAUGUAAUUGAAGUGCAAGAUUCAGAAAACAACAAGGAGCAAGGUGAUUUGGGCAAAACAGAAAAAUCAGCACCUAAAUCAAAGGAGCCAGCCAAACCUUUACAGCAAAAUGAAAGCAUUUCACCAAGAUCAAGGGCAAGGCAGAUUCCAUUUGCACAAAGGCUUCAAAAACAGAACCAAGAGCAGCACUUUAAGAGGUUCUUAGACAUCCUCAAGCAACUCCAGAUCAACAUUCCAUUUGUGGAGGCCCUUCAACACAUGCCAAGCUACAUCAAAUUCAUGAAGGACAUUCUAUCAAGAAAGAGGAGAAUAGAAGAGUUCGAAACAGUGGCACUUACCAAAGAAUGCAGCAGCAUUGUCUCUACAAAAGUACCUCCUAAAAUGGAGGAUCCAGGUUCUUUUACUAUUCCAUGUGUUAUAGGAGAUAGGUAUAUUGGAGAGCUUUAUGUGACUUAG